AGCUUAAGAGGAAAACCACGAGAAACGUAUCAAAAUUCAAAACCCCCAAUCCCGAUUUCUGGUUUUGCAACCGAAGAAUCCCUUCUUCUUCGAAGGUUUCGGGUUUAGACUUUGGAACCCUAAAUCCCUCACGGCGAGGCUGCAGGGGCGAGUCUUCAUCUAUUGAUAUUACUAUUGACUAUUGAGUGCCCUUCCUCUUCUCCGUCUCCUUCCUAGUGGACUGCAGCGAAAUCUCCAGUCUCUGACUCUUCGGAAGAUUGCAGCGGCGCCUUUCUUUGUCAGAAAUGGCACUCUCCAUGCGAUUCGUGGUUUCCUCCACAUCUAGCCUCACGUCUGCGAGUCACCUAGAUCUUCCGGUACUAUGUAGAGAGACAUUUGCUAGUAAAGGUUCUCUUGGUCUCCAGUUCAAAUCCAUGAGAAUUAGGAGACCUCGUCGUCCUAUCCAUGCCAUCGAAAAAGAAGAGGAACAAGAGACCACAGUGUCUGAGAUGGAGAGCAGCAGCGGUGGAACAGGAGAUGCUAAACCGAGUGAAGGAGCUGAAAUGACAGAAAUGGCCUCAGAGAUCAAGGAAGCGAUGCAGGCAAGGAGGGAGAGAGAAGAGGGAAACGGGGGAGAUCUGUGGAGAGGAGUGGCAGAGGAGAUAAGGGAAAUCGAGUGGCCUGCGUUCGGAAAGGUUGUGGGGACCACAGGUGUCGUGUUGGGUGUGAUCGCUGGGUCAAGCAUUGUGUUGCUCACUCUUAAUGCCAUCUUGGCUGAGCUAUCUGAUCGGGUCUUUGCCGGCAGAGGAGUCCAGGACUUUUUCAGCUGAGGAUAACAGUAAAACUUAGCAAACACCUGUCAGUAUGUUGAUUUUCCCUUUUUUUCUUUAUUUAUUUCCGUUUUCUCUUUUUUCUAUUGCUUUAAAAAUUGGGGGAAAAUGGGGGAAGUUUAGUUAAAAGUCAAUAUAGUUGGGCAUCAUACCUGCCUCUUGCAAUCACGUCGGGUAUUUUGUGACUUGGAUGUGGAAUUGAUUCACCUGGGCAAUUAUGUGAGCAGUAAAGGUAUUUCAGAAAUUGCUGGA